GGUAAAGCAUGUUGUUUUUUUGGCAAACAGCUGCUGGUGUAGUGUGCGGUACCCUGUGAUGGAUAUAGAAACUUAACUGCUUCUAACCAAGCAACACAGCCCCUAGAUAUUCAGCAUCCAUAUCUUCAUCUAUGCUCCAACUUCAUCAUUCUCUCUAGCUAUAUUAAUAUCCACUAUUGUUUACGCUUCCAUAUGGCUCUUCUAAUUGUACCUCGUUGGUUGCUGUCCCUUGUUCUUCUCCUUCACUUUCUGUUGUGUUGCUUAGGAGCAAAUGUUGUCACCGUUAAUGUUGCUGCUGCCAAGGGCCUUAUCAACACCGGCUACCUUUAUCUCGAUGUCAGAACUGAGGAGGAGUUUAGAAAAGGGCAUGUAGAUGCUGCUAAGGUCGUUAACAUUCCAUACAUGUUGGAUACACCUAAGGGUAAGGUGAAGAAUCCAGACUUUCUAAAAGAGGUUUCAUCUGUUUGCAACAAAGAAGAUCAUCUUAUUGUGGGUUGUCAAAGUGGAGUGAGAUCUUUGUAUGCAACUACCGAUCUUGUUGCUGAUGGCUACAAGGAUGUGAAGGACAUGGGAGGGGGUUAUAUGGAGUGGGUCAAAAACAAAUUUCCAGUGAAAUCAUCAUUAGGGAAAGAGGAUCUCUAAAGUGUAGUUGAUGAUAGGAACAUGUUCUUCAUCUUUGACUUGUACAAUUGAAAUAUGUAGUUUUUUUUAUUAAUUAUUUGUAUCCAAAGUGUUUGGCAUACACAAUACUCAUUAAUUACUUGUGGAAGUCAUCUGAAUCAGGGUUAUAACUUUUUGUAACAGUUCUGCUUACAACAUUUAUGUUGAAUAGUACUGUUACUUUGAAGGUUGUAACUUUUUUGUUUCUAUAGUAAAUAUAGACCUUUAAGAAAGAAGACCAGCAAUCUUGAAGAAUAUCAGAAUAACAUCAUGUAGCUCAUGGAUCAAACUCUGUAUAGACUUGGAAUUGUUUGAACUUUUCAAAUGGGAUUCAUUGGACUAAUUAGUACAAGGAUGAGAAUCAGAUUAAUUUGGAACUAAGCAUUUCCCAGUAAGAUAGUUUUCAUGUAAACCCAAAAGAGAAUAUUGAGUGA